GCUUCUAGAGAAGUAUGGGCUCGAAGAUCACGAGUGACUGAGAGACAUGUACAACAUAAAGGAGGUGUGGGUCCCGGCUUAUUUUAGAGAAAUCCCAAUGUCAUGUUUGAUGAAGACUACAUCCCGAUGCGAGAGUUCGAACUCUGCGUUUAAGGUGAACUCGUCCUGGGCGAACACCCUUGUCCAAUUUUUUUUUUGUUGUUAUGACUCCACGUUGGAGUCCCAACGCUAUAGGCAGAGGGUUGGGGACUUCAAGGCGGAUGAUCGCGCGCACGAGUUCAAAUCUGGUUUGGCGAUAGAGAAGCACUGCGCAUUAUUGUAUUCCCCGGCCAUAUUCGUCGAGGUCCGCAAAGAGAUCCUGAAGGGCCUUUUACACUGCUACACUACCGGGGUCGAAGAAGUCGACGGGAGAAAGGUGUAUACUGUUACGCAUUUGGACAAGCGUUCCGAUGUCGUCAAUGAAUUCACGGUUAAAGUCGACCCAGUCGAGGACACUACAACAUGCUCCUGUAACCUUUGGUGCCAUAUUGGAUACCUUUGCAGGCAUAUAUUUUGCGUCUUCCGGCAAACAAAGUUGGACGAAAUCCCGGCUAAGUAUGUGGUUAGUCGCUGGGGACGUCACGUGUUGCCGAAGUCGGUUUUUCAUGUAGAAUUCAGGUAUGGGGUAGACUUGUCUCCGGUUUCGUUAACCAGGAACACCCUAGUGGACUGCUUUUCUGAAGCGCUUCAGGCUGUGAUGGGCGACCGGGCAGCGAUGGAGGAUUUCAUUGAAAAAAUCAAAGGCUGGACAAAAGAAUUGAAUGACGAUCGACGCGGUAAAAGAGUCGCCGAGGCAACAGAAUCACAGGUUAUGGCUGAUAUGCUUGGCGUGGUGGUGGAAGGCUCGUCACCAAGCCCUCCAAAUCAAAAUGCGAAAGCCUAA